AGUGAGGAUUAUCCAUUAUAGAUAAUGGAUGGAUGAUUGAACACACCAGACGUGGGCAGCUUCACAAGGCCAAAUGAUUAUCUCUGUUGCACAUAAUAAGGAUUAAAUAAAUAGAAAGGGAAUUGCAAACUUGUGUGAUUGGGAAAUCAUGUCCUCCAUACCAGUGACUCUAGACAAUCCUUGCACACAGUGUCAGUCCAGGUGGUGAUGAGAUCUGAGCACUGUAUGUAUUUAAUCUGCUUUGCAAACAGGAUUAUUGUCCAGUCUAGAAACUCAAGGCCGAUAUAUGUUUCAUACACUUACUAUCAGAGUCUUCUUAUUUUUUUAUAGCCAUGGUGGCUUUUUUGCUCCAUCAGUAACAUUCACUAAAAUCCAGCUGACUGAGGAGAGUCCCCACCUCACUAAUUGUAUUAUACAUUUUUAAACACUUUAUUGCAAUACUCCCACAAUGCUUAAAUGGCUCUCCUUAUACUUGGUCAAACAUCUUAUGUGAUUCAUCAGUUAGUGUUGUUGUUCAGCAGGCUCCCCAGCACUUGUCAUAUGUCUGGUAUGAAAUGUGGUUCCAGUCUGAUUAAAGGUGGUGUCCAGUGGUGGGCUGUCACUUACUGACAGCUAGCCGCUAACAGCUAGUACAGCUAACUAGAGGAACAGUAACGCUGGUUUAACUAAAUGAAUGGUGUCUUAGCGUAGCUGAACUUUUAGCACAAGUGCCCGGCGUUGGCUGCCCGCAUGACACAAACUUUAAGGACUUUAAUUCCGUUCACUUCAUGCAGGCCAAAGACAAACCAGCGGCUUUCCUGAUUUUCGAAGCGCCGGCGGAGACCCAGUUCGGGGCUGAAGUGCCACCCAUCUCCCCGCCUCUUUGAACCUGGAAGAGCAACGCCUCCUUGUGACUAAUAUCCAACAUGACAGGGGUUUGUGGUUGUUGCGGGGCACUCAGGCCUCGGUACAAGAGACUGGUGGACAACAUUUUCCCAGAAGAUCCCGAGGAUGGGCUGGUCAAAGCCAACAUGGAGAAGCUGACAUUCUACGCUUUGUCAGCUCCGGAGAAGCUGGACCGUAUCGGAGCCUACCUGUCGGAGAGGCUGUCGAGGGAUGUGGCCCGACACAGAUAUGGGUACGUGUGCAUAGCCAUGGAAGCCCUGGACCAGCUGCUAAUGGCCUGUCACUGCCAGAGCAUCAACCUGUUUGUGGAGAGCUUUCUAAAGAUGGUACGGAAGCUGCUGGAGUCGGACAAACCCAGCCUGCAGAUCCUCGGAACCAACUCGUUUGUAAAGUUUGCCAACAUAGAAGAGGAUACGCCAUCGUACCACCGCAGCUACGACUUUUUUGUGUCACGCUUCAGUGAGAUGUGCCAUUCAAGCUACGAGGACCCCGACAUCCGCACUAAGAUUCGCAUGGCAGGUAUCAAAGGUCUGCAGGGUGUGGUGAGGAAGACUGUGAAUGAUGAGCUGCAGGCUAAUAUCUGGGACCCUCAGCACAUGGACAAGAUCGUCCCCUCUUUGCUUUUCAACCUGCAGAGUGGAGAACGUACGGAGAGCCGCUCACCCUCUCCGCUGCAGGCAUCGGAGAAGGAGAAGGAAAGCCCGGUGGAGCUGACGGAGCGCUGCUUCAGGGAGCUGCUGGGACGAGCCGCCUAUGGCAACAUCAAGAAUGCCGUCACACCCGUGCUGAUGCACUUAGAUAACCACUCUCUAUGGGAGGGAAAGACCUUCGCUGUGCGGUGCUUCAAAAUCAUCAUGUACUCCAUCCAGUCCCAACACUCUCACCUGGUGAUCCAGCAGCUUCUCGGCCACCUUGAUGCUAACAGCAAGAACUCGGCCACAGUGCGAGCUGGGAUAGUGGAAGUCUUGCUGGAAGCAGCUGCCAUUGCAGCCAGUGGCUCUGUAGGUCCUACAGUGCUGGAGGUGUUCAACACACUGCUGCGGCAGCUUCGUCUGAGCGUAGACUACGAGCUGACCGGCUCAUAUGACGGCAGCACCAACAUCGGCACCAAGAUUAUCAAAGCUCACGAGGAGAGGCAGCUGCAGGAGGCAGUCAUUAGGACCAUUGGUUCAUUUGCCAACACUCUGCCAACCUACCAGAGGUCAGAGGUCAUGCUCUUCAUCAUGGGCAAGAUCCCCGUCCCUGGAAUGCACCUAGCUCUGCCCUCCACAGGCUCCGGGCCUGAAGGGACCAGGAUGAUUCAGGUUAUGUUACUCAAGUCUUUGGUUCAGGUGACGGCAGGUUUCCAGACUACCAACAUGCUGACAGCGCUGCCCAGCUCUUUCUUGGAGCCGUUGCUCUCCUUCUCUCUCACCGAGGAUCCGGAGGUUCGACUGCUGGUGCUCCAGAUUCUUCUCAGUCUCAUUGACCGGCACGACAACAGGCCCAAGUUCUCCAGCAUAAGCAUCAUUUCAGACAUCUCUGUGCUGAAGCUUAAAGUGGACAAGUGCUCCAGACAGGACAAUUUAUUCAUGAAGAAGCACGGCCAGCAGCUGUACCGACACAUCUACUUGGGCUGCAAGGAGCAGAGCAGCGGACGGCAGCACUACGAGACCCUCUUCGCUCUGCUGGGGCUCCUGAGCGUGGAGCUGGCCAACGAAGAGGUGGUGGUGGACCUCAUUCGCCUGGCGCUUGCCUUGCAGGACCUGGCUCUGUCCACCGACGAGGCUCUGCCUGUUUAUAACCGCUGUGCUGUUCAUGCCCUCGCCGCCGCCUACCUCAACCUCAUCUGCCAGCUCACCACCGUCCCAGCCUUCUGCCAGCACAUCCACGAGGUAAUUGAGGUGAGACAGAAAGAGAGUCCUUACCUUUUGCCCGAGGACGUGUUCAUUGAAAAUCCCAAGCUGCCGUCUUCGCUGGAGAAGGUGGAAGGCGAUGUUUUGUUCCUGCAGUCGAAGAUCACUGAGGUCCUUGGAGGAAGUGGUUACAACACAGAGAGACUGGCGACGCCUUACGUCCCUCAGUUCACUGAUGAGGACCGUCUGUCCAAGAGGAAGAGCAUCGGGGAGACCAUCUCGCUUCAGGUCGAAGUCGAGUCCCGAAACAGUCCAGAGAAAGAGGAGAGGACGCCAGCUGAGGAGAUCACAUUUGAGACCCUGAAAAACGCCAUCGUGGACAGCGUGGGUAUGGAGGAGCAGGAGAGGGAGCGGAGGAGACAAGUGGUGGAGAAGUUCCAGAAAGCCCCCUUCGAGGAGAUAGCUGCCCACUGCGGCGCCAGGGCCACACUACUGCAGAGCAAACUCAAUCAGAUCUUCGAGAUCACAAUCAGACCUCCUCCCAGCCCAUCUGGAACCAUUUCAUCAGGUUACGGCCAAAACCAGAGUCGAUCUGUACCCAUUUACGAGAUGAAGUUCCCCGACCUUUGCGUGUACUAGACCACCAAGUCAACAGCGACCUUACAGAACAGUUUAGCGUGUUCACGACUACAGGAGAGGGGUCCUGGGAGGGACGGCGUGAGUCAUCUUGACCGUGGAAUCAGACGACCACAGUGCAUGUGGGACAAACUCCGUUGCAACUAAAGAACAAGCCACUUCUCGAUAAAGUUAGAGGUUUUCCUUUUUACCCUUUGCCAAAACGAGCCGGCAAAUGUCGAUAAAUGCAGCAGUAAAAGAAACCAAUUUCAUCCACUUCUCCUCUGUAGAAACUCCACUGGUUGGAUUUUCAGAUUAUAAAUUUGCCAAGUACUGUGAGAACGACAACCUGUGGCCGACUGAACGUGACUUCUCUGACUUUAGAAUGAGUUGAGUUGACGCAUGCCCCGUAGCUGGAAACACUUUGCUGCCACUGCAGAUCUUGGACGUUCUUUUGACUUGUUUGUCCCUUACAGGGUGCCAUACUACAUUUGAUCUCAAAAUUAGACUGACCAAUCGUACUUACUGGACAUUUUAUGUUACGUUUUGUUUUGUUUUUUUUAAUCGACCUAAUGGCCAGGAAGCGUGUGAAGUUGAAGCGUUCUAAUUUACUUGACGAUGUAUUUUUGUGUAUGUUUGAUUGAUGGAUAGAUAUGAAGUUACUCCUUCCCGUCUCUCAUGUCGCUCAGCUCUUGAACUUCGUCUGUCUUCAGUGUUUUAACGCUUCACCGUAGUUUUGUUUUGCCUUCUUAGUGUUAGCCAGAAGUGCUUUUUUUUUUUCUUCUUUUAUGUCAGGCAUUUAUUUCCUGUUCUAUUUAUUAUAUUGUUUUUAACAGUUUAACCAAAAGAUGACAUCACACACACACACACACACUGCGCCACAAUCGUGAAGUGUUUACUGCAACGUUUACCAGAUCAAACACUUGGAAAUUAAUUAAUGAUACUUUAUUUUUCUCCUUCCCAUAUAAAUGUGUAUAUACAGAGAAUAUAUAUAAAUCUUUAAGCUGAUGUACAGAUUAGGGAUGUUGUGUGUGUGUGUAUAUAUAUAUACUGUAUAUCCUAAUUUUAGACUGCCGCUGCACUGGUUGUGUCCAUAGACGAGGGAGAAAUGUACUCAGUAUCCGGAUACUCUUUGUUAGAAUCUCCACUUAGUAACCAGCAACACAUGAAGUCAAACUGUCUAAACAGCCCACAGCAGAAAUCUGCAUAAUCUCAAGGCCAGCAGGUCGCACUCAUGAACUAUUAAUGAGCCCAUCUGAUUACACUCUCAGUAGAAAAAGCAGGUUUUAAAUAACUUCAUUACUAGGUACGGGGUUCAGAACCGGUCUCGUCAUUCACCUCCUCGGUCCCGCUGGAGUCCUGAUUUUACGCCAUACUGCUGCUGCUGCGGCUUCCGAGCAUCUGUCUGAGAAAUAAGCCAUUUUGUGCGCACGUGUGCACACGCAGGUAUAAAAACAAAGUAUAAUGGCAAUAAUUUGGCACGAGCCUGGCUAACACGGUCCGACUGUAGGUAGCAGAUCCAUUUGUGCGUUCUUUUUUUUAAAUCGUACCUGCUGUUGUGGUGCUGUGACGGUUGGGUUUUGUGGCGUUCUGGGAGGCCGCCCCCCUCGCUUUGUGUCUCCUCUUGCUUCUGUGGACGAACUGCGUCGGGCAUGUGUUACGACCAUCUUGUUAAAUGUAGACAGUGUCUGGUUUGUCUCUUGUUUGUCAUGUGUUGCAAUCCAGUUGGCUCUUUUUCUGUUCUUCUAGCGUCCCGUGUAUCAUAUUUAUGUCCACACAUGCCUCUCUAUGGGACCGUCUCUCCAUGUUUACUCGUCUUAUCGGCGCGUGAGUGGGCGUCUUGGUUCACGUGUCUGUGUGAACGCUCGCCCGGAUUCAUCAUCGUCACCCAAGACCAAACUCUUCAAGACACAGUUUACAGUUUUUUGUCCAGUGACUCUUUCCACCAUGUUAAUGAAGAACAAGCUAUUUAAGCGCAACGUGCAGCUGUCUAAACCUUCCAGUGACACCUUGUACAAUUGUCCGUUCAGCAUCUUGAACUUGGCGGUGAAGACCUGUAAAUCUAUCAGUCUGUCGCGUGUCGUCAUCGCAUUUGUGUAAUGUAAUAUUAACUGACGGUAAUCCAAACGUACUUUUUCUUUGUCAUUACAUGUCUGGUUAAUAGAUCUGUUUACAAUGUAGUGCUGUAGGUCAAAUCUAUUCAUUCUGUGAACUUUGCACUUUAAAAACUGGAAAACCUAGUGACAAAGGCAGCUUUUACAUGGAGGAAAUGCCUUAUGCGUGUCAUACCUGACUUUGCAUGCUAGUGAUGUUGCUGUGUUGUACAAUAAAUUCAUCUGUAAUCAUAGCA